AUGACCUUCACUAUUCACAAAAACAUUGUAUGGGCUAUUCUAUUUUGUAGAUAUAUCCUACUCUCUACUAUAUUCAGUUUUAAUUUUAAUGAAAAAAGUUAUGUAAAUAUAGGUUUGGAAGAAGACAUACAACAGGCUUUAUCUCACAUAACAGAAGGAUUAUGUCGACCAUUAAAAGUUCGUGUAGAACAAGUAACAGUAUCAGAACCUGGAGCAGUCACUCUCUUUUGUUUGAGCAGUUUGUUAAAAUUCUAUCACCAAACAAUUAACCAAGUUGUCACUGUAGAGUCUCAGUUAUUAAAUACAUUGAAAGAACUGCAAGAUUUAAGUAGAAAAAUGUUUUAUAAUAGUAUGACAUGUCAUUGUAGCCAACUUUUAGAGCAAAUUGAACUUCCUCCAGCUGAUUUAGGGCCUCCAGAAUCUCUUACACAAUCUUUAGCAUUACUAAAAGAAAUAUUAUGUUGUCAAGAUGGUAGUCUCAUAUCUAUUGAUGAUAGACAGAAAGAUGUGCCUCAGAUUUUGACAACAAUGAUAGAACCACUACUACAAAUGUGUCAUAUGUCAGCAUCUAAGCUUGCACCUGUUGAUAUGGCUGUUUAUUUAACAAAUUGUCUUCAUUUAAUGCAUUCCUCAUUAACUGUGUAUGAAUUCAGUGAUCAACAAUUAGAAAUGCUACAGGCACAAAUGGAAGCACAUCUUGAUACAUUAGUCAGUGAACAGACUUCUCAGAUUGUAGGUCAUCUGGGUUUAGGGACAGUUUAUAAAACUCUGCAAACAUAUCAACCAAAACAAGGUCCACUUUCAGCAAUUCUGGGAUGUGAUGCUUUGGCUAUUCAGUCUGCUAAUGUAAGUACUUUGUUUUUAUGUUUCCUUUUAGUAAUUAGAAUUAUUUAUGUUAUUAAAAAUAAUAUAAUAUAUCCAAAGUUUGUACAUUGUCAUUUCUAUGCAAAUACUUUUUAUUGAUGAAAUGCAUGUUUAUAUGGCAGUAACUUUCAAAUUUUCCUUAACAAUCUCUUAAUUGUGUUAUUUUAACUUUCUUUAUUGCCUUUAAAUAAAACUGAUGACUUCUUUACAGAAAAUUAACAAUGAGCAAAAUCAAUUAUUGUAUUUUUGCAACGUACUGUAGCUAAUUUUAAGCUGAGCCAUAUCAUCAGAAGUAAUUGAGUUUCUUGAAUGUAAGUGAAUCAAAACUAAACAAGUAAAACGUCAAAACUGUAUUUGGGACACGACUAUGUCUCGGAGACGGAAUCACUUUGAUACUCAUGGCAGGUCUCAUUCUCAUUCUCCUAUCUUCUUUGAUAUUGCUGCUUUUGGGUGCGAUCAUUCAAACUUCACCAGCCACGACCACAAUUAGCCUAUCUAAUUUCAAAAUUUCUCUUUGUUGCGUGUCGGCCCAGGUUGAAUUUUUGUCG